AUGGAUGAGUUUCAAGAUUCUCAAAAAGAAAGAAUUCAAGAGGCAUUAGAUUUGGGUAAGCUCACAACCGGUAGGGGCUUGAAUCAAGAACUUGAUCUUUCAAGAGCUUGUGAUACUCGUUGGGGAUCUCAUUUUAAAUCUUUUAAUGAUUUUAUUCUUAUGUUUGGCUCUAUUCUUAAUGUUCUUGAAUCACUUGUUCUUGAUGCACGACUAUUGGAUGAAAGAGCCAAGGCAAUGGGAUAUCUCAAAACUUGUCGAACAUAUGAGGUUGUGUUCAUGUUGCAUUUGAUGAGUGAUGUUUUAGGAAUAACAAAUGAGCUUAAUAAAUGCUUACAAAAAAAGGAGCAAGAUUUGGCAAAUGCCAUGCUACUUGUUGAAGUAGCAAAAAGAAGGUUGCAAGCGUAUAGGGAUGAUAGAUGGAAUUCUCUUAUUUCUAAGGUAUCUUUGUUUUGUAUCAAGCAUGGCAUUUUCGUACCUAACUUUGAAGAGCCAUAUGUUAGCUCUUUAAGAUCACGAUGGAGACUUCGUUACAAUAAAGUCUCACAUCAUUUUCAUGUUGAAGUGUUUUGCAAUAUUAUUGAUUGGCAACUUCAAGAACUUAAAGAUUGUUUUGGCGAAGCGACGACUGAUUUGCUUCAUGGAAUUACUUGUUUGAAUCCAAUUGACUCAUUUUCCAGUUUUGACAUUAGAAAGAUAAUGAAAAUGGCUAAAUUUUAUCCUGAUGACUUUAAUGAUUCAAUAUGGGUACUCUUGAGAAUCAACUUGCAAGUUACAUUAUUGAUGUUGGUGAUGUUGAUGAAAGGUUCUUCAAUAUAA